AUGACCUCAUCGUAUGAAGUGGGGAUCGGACCAUAUGGUUCCAUCACAAGGGACAGUCAUUUUGAGUUUCUCUUCCAGUGUAGAUAUUCGGGAACUUCCGUGGAAGCUCUGGUUGUGGAGGUCAACUCUGUUCCUCCACCUCCACCAGUAGCUGCUCCUGGACCUCUCAGGGUGGAGCUCAGACUGGCCAAUGGCCAAUGUGUCACCAAAGGCUGUGCUGAAGGGGAUGAGGCCUACACGUCCUACUACAGUGACGCUGAUUAUCCCAUCGCAAAAGUCCUGCGAGAGCCUGUGUAUGUUGAGGUGCACAUUAUGGAGAGGACUGACCCCAACAUUCAACCCGGGAACAAUUGCCGGAACACUUUACCCAUGUAUUUUCCGGAAUCGCAGUGUGAUAGGGGCUUUGAACACUACUACAACCAUCAUCCCAUCUGUCCUUUUGCCAUUUCAGAGGAACUUUACCUAUUGAAGUCUCAAAGGCAAAGUGAUUAUAGUUAUUAUGAGAUGUUACUCUUAUUAGUAAUUCUGAGAUGGUGUGAAUGCAGCUAUAAAUGAACUUUAUUGUGAAAAA